AUGGAAUCCAAGGUUGAAAUUCCUGUAGCUCCAUACGCAACCUCGGACAGGACAUCCUUUGCCUUUAUCUCUGCCCGAGACCGUUGGCCCGUCAUCGUGACAGGAGCAAUCGAUGACAUCCACCGUGCCAUUGUAGCCAGUGAUGAUGUACCAAAGCGAAAGGAAGGCAAGACAAUCCUGGAGGCGCUGGCGAAGCUAAAGUACGAGGUACAACAUGACCGGCAAUUGACACCACUUGCCGAUGAUGGAAAGCCGGACAUAUCAAAUUACAAUAAGGAGCUAGAGUCGUUAGGAGGUCCAAAUUGGUUCAGCGUGCCAUGGCUCUUUGCAGAGUGCUAUCUCUACCGACGUGUGCACACCUCUUUCUCCCUCUCAGACCACUGGAAGACCUACGAUGUCUUUUCUCGCCAGAAAAUGUCCACUUUUCGCUCGUCGCGACCAGCAGUCCUUGAACUUGCCGCCAAAUACAAAGAUUUAGUCUCGCAGUUGGAGAGGGAUGUAAAUUCUUUGAAGGUCCCUGAAGAGCUGGUCGAAGCGGAGCGGAUACUGUUCACGGAGAUGUGCGAGAUCUGCUUGUGGGGCAACGCCACGGACCUUUCCCUCUUAACGUCUUUGAGCUACGAAGAUAUACAAAAGCUGCAGGGUGCCGAUGCGAGGAAGAAAGCCGAAAAUAAUAUACUGGUUAAUGACCUCCCAGCUGCGUACACGGUUCUUAAGGAAGCGCAGAAGACAGACAAGAAAGUCAGGCGGGUGGACAUCGUACUUGACAACGCCGGCUUCGAACUUUUCGUUGAUCUCAUUCUUGCUGGCUAUCUUCUUGCCGCUGGCCUAGCUACACAGAUCACUCUUCAUCCCAAGACGAUCCCAUGGUUCGUGUCCGAUGUCAUUCCAGCGGAUUUUGCAGCGCUCCUAAGCGCUCUUGCAAACCCUCAAGGCUUCUACUCUACGCCCAACGAACAUUCAGAUCAGGUUCAAGACCCUCUGUCUGAGAAAGAGGCAUCGGAUCUCUCCUUCUUAUUUCAGCACUGGGCUGGUUUCCACGCUGAAGGUCAGUUAAUUCUUCGGCCAAAUCUCUUUUGGACGUCUGCGCACAGCUACUGGCACUUACCGCAAGCUGAGCCUAGACUUUACGAGGAUCUGAAAGAUUCGGAGCUGGUGAUUUUCAAGGGUGACCUCAACUACCGGAAGUUGACAGCUGACGCAAUGUGGGAACCAACAACGGCAUUCACCACAGCUAUUGGGCCAAUGGGACCUGCAUCAAAUGUCCGUACGCUGGCGCUUCGUACCUGCAAAGCAGAUACUGUGGUCGGGCUGCCCGACGGCGCCGAUGAGAGACUGAAGGGGAUGGAGGGUGGUGGUGGUGACAGUGGAGCUAGGAAAUGGGCGUGGUCUGGAAAAUGGGCUGUCGUCCAGUUCUGUGAUGGAAAGGCCUGA